UCCAGCCCGCAGCGCCGCGCACGCCUCGGGCACCUGCAGCCCAGCGGCUACCUGCAGUCGCAGCGCGUCCGGCCGCCCAGUCCGGUUGCCGGCUCUUGCUCCGCUCAUCGCUGCCCGCCCGCCGCCGCGCUGCACGCCUCGAGCGCUCCCUCGGCCCCGCUGGGGACCGGGGACCCCGCAGCCGCCGCCGCCAUGCUGCCGGUGCUCUACACCGUCCUGGCGGGGCUGCUGCUGCUGCCUCUGCUGCUCACCUGCUGCUGCCCCUACCUCGUCCAGGACUUGCGGUACUUCCUGCGGGUGGCCAACCUGGCCCGGCAGGUGCGCAGCUACCGGCAGCGGCGGCCGGUGCGCACCAUCCUGCGGGUCUUCCUGGAGCGAGUUCGCCAGACCCCGCACAAGCCCUUCCUGCUGUUCCGCGACGAGACGCUCACCUACGCCCAGGUGGACCGGCGCAGCAACCAAGUGGCACGGGCGCUGCACGACCAACUGGGCCUGCGACAGGGGGACUGCGUGGCCCUCUUCAUGAGCAAUGAGCCGGCCUACGUGUGGAUCUGGCUGGGACUGCUCAAGCUGGGCUGUCCCAUGGCCUGCCUCAACUACAACAUCCGUGCCAAGUCUCUGCUGCACUGCUUCCAGUGCUGCGGGGCGAAGGUGCUGCUGGCCUCCCCAGAACUACAAGAAGCUGUUGAGGAGGUUCUGCCAACCCUGAAAAAGGAUGGAGUGUCCGUCUUUUACGUAAGCAGAACUUCUAACACAAAUGGCGUGGACACACUACUGGACAAAGUGGACGGAGUGUCGGCAGAAGCUACUCCGGAGUCGUGGAGGUCUGAAGUCACUUUCGCCACACCUGCCGUAUACAUUUACACCUCGGGUACCACAGGUCUCCCAAAAGCUGCAACCAUCAAUCACCAUCGCCUGUGGUAUGGAACUGGCCUUGCGCUGGCGAGUGGGAUUAAGGCCCACGAUAUAGUCUACACCACCAUGCCCCUGUACCACAGUGCGGCGCUCAUGAUUGGCCUCCACGGGUGCAUCGUGACUGGGGCUACUCUUGCUCUGCGGAGCAAAUUUUCAGCCAGCCAGUUCUGGGACGACUGCAGGAAAUACAAUGCCACUGCCAUCCAGUACAUCGGUGAACUGCUCCGGUAUCUGUGCAACACACCCGCGAAACCAAAUGACCGUGACCACAAAGUGAAAAUAGCACUGGGAAAUGGCUUACGGGGAGACGUGUGGAAAGAGUUUAUCAAGAGAUUUGGGGACAUCCAUGUGUAUGAGUUCUACGCUUCCACUGAAGGCAAUAUUGGAUUUCUGAAUUACCCAAGAAAAAUCGGUGCUGUCGGAAGAGCCAACUACCUCCAAAGAAAAGUUAUAAGGUAUGAGCUGAUUAAAUAUGAUGUGGAGAAGGAUGAACCUGUCCGUGACACAAAUGGAUAUUGCAUCAAAGUCCCCAAAGGUGAGGUCGGACUCUUGGUUUGCAAAAUCACACAACUUACACCAUUUAACGGCUAUGCUGGAGGAAAGUCUCAGACAGAAAAGAAAAAACUCAAAGAUGUCUUUGAGAAAGGAGACCUCUAUUUCAACAGUGGAGACCUCCUUAUGAUUGAUCAUGACGAUUUUGUCUAUUUUCAUGACAGAGUUGGAGAUACAUUCCGGUGGAAAGGAGAGAACGGAAGAACGUCUUCUUUGGGACCUAGAAUGCAGGCAUCACACAAGAACAGUCCCAUACUCUCUAGAAGUUCCGGUUCUCAGAAAAACUUUCUGUGUUAAUGAAAGUAUCCAGUGGAGUAGCUAACAGUCACUGCUGAGUAUGGAAAAUAUGGGUAGUACAACUGGAAAAAUAAAUUUUUCCUUUCACUUAAUCAUAAUUGAGUUUUAGUUUUAAUAACGGUAACGUGGGCAAUGGGUGCUGUAUUAGACAAUACAGCUCUCAAGCCCUAGCCUAAACCUUCUUCCUAGAGCUGAAUUACUCAAAGGCAACCUCCAGGAGUCAGUGCAGAGGCCUGGGACCAACAGGCCCACCUCCCUCUGGAUCAGGCACUGUCACUACCACAGCAAGGGGUGGAGUCAGUCAGUGCAGAAUAUAUCUGCUGCACCAGCUCCCCCAUAAUUCUAAGAGCAACUUACUAGGGAUAUUUGAGUUCCUGAGUCAGGUAUGAGGGACGUCCUCCCCCAACCCCUUUUUUUUUUUUUUUUUUUUUUUUUUUUUUUGAGACAGAGUUUCUCCUUGUGGUUACCCUGGCUGUCCUGGAACUCACUCUGUAGACCAGGCUGGCCUCGAACUCAGAGAUCCACUUGCCUCUGCCUCCUGGGUACUGGGAUUAAAGGCGUGCGCCACCACCAUCUGGCUCCCUGCCCUCUCCUUCAGGUCAGAGGGAAACUGACUAAGGAAGUACCUCUUCUUUUAAAAAAAUAUCCUUUUGUUUUUGCCUUCUUUAGAGCAAUAGGUAAACAUAUAAUCACCAUGGGAGAGAUUUCAAACGCUGGGGCCCAGGUGACGGAGGACGGCUCCUUCCUAUCUGAUUACAGCUAAGUAGUUCAGGGAAGUGGACCCGGACUCCCACUGGGUCUGCUGGAUCAGGUAGAAAAUAUAUUAAUACCUAAUUACUACUGUCCUCACAAGCAAACAAUGGUAAUUGUUCUAAUCACCUCUCCACUAACAGCCCUGCUGUCGGAUCGGUUUUCUCUGUGUGGUGUACAAUCCCUUGAGAGUACUGGGCAUGAAUGGAAGGACACACAACAGCUCUCUCUGUGCCUGUCUCCGCCCCUCUGCCCUGCAGCCUCUCUGAAAUACAGAGAAGGAAAAAGCUGCUGGGAGCUUUGAGUGAAUAAGGAUGUCUCAGAGGCGGUAUCUGUGUCCACGGCACAUAUCGGACCCAACACUGCAAACUAAAUGGCAAACCCAGCUCAGUUAUUCAUGGUGGUGGAGCAAGACCUUUUGCUGGAAUCAAAAAAAUAAAACAGACAAAAAAUUCCCUUUAGCCCCAAGUUCAGUCAGUGUCUUAGUCAGCUCUGUGCGGCUCACUAAGAACAACAGUGAUGGCCACAAGCCAACCUGCCUGGAUCAGUCUCUGAUGGCGCCUGGUCCUUGCUAGAUGACCUUGGACAAGUUGCCGAAUGCCUUUAAAUCUCAGUUUCUUCAUCCUUGAAGUGAUGGGGGUAACAUCUGCUCCUCUUCUUAAGGUUGUUGCUGUGGUUAAAUAAGAAUACACUGAGUAUAGGCCAUGGCAACUAUUAAAGAGUCAGCAUAGAUCUAUUGUUGGUUUUGUUACUUUACUAUUGGUUAACAUUCCUGGUAAUCACGCAUUCAUCAUAGAAUAAUGUGGACAUAUGUGUUUGAAACAAAAGUUGGAACUAUUCAAAAGAAACCUAAUGUUUGCGGUUGCCGCCGUCCAUAGUUCUCUGACCUGGCAGAGCCUUGUGAGUGAAAGUACCAGCUGAUGUUUUCUUAUUCUAUUCCCAGGUCAUGAGGGUCGAAUUGGGAUGGCCUCAAUCAAGAUAAAAGAAAACCACGAGUUCAAUG